AAUGUGAAAUAUGUGUGAAGCGCCAUUUCCACUUUUUUUUGGUUUUGUUUGUAUUUUGGGUUGGCUAUAAAAGUGGGGUCAUGGAGAAGGCUGCCUUUAUACAGACAUUUGACAGUCUCACAAAGGAGGUGAACAUCAAGGAGAUUGUGACUGAUGCCCAUGUACAAAUUGCUGCCCUCAUGCAUCCAGAACGGGGCAGAUAUAAGGAUCAGGCUAUUACCCAUUCGCUUGAUGUCUGGCACGCCGCAAAAAAUCUGACAAAGAAACUUCAUGCUGUUGGAAUGAUUUCUGGUCAAAAGCUUAUACUUGGAUGGAUCAAGGACAUUGUUAACCAUUUUUGGUAUGCUUGUCAGCACACAAGCACCAGAGAAGAGUUUAUGGAUGUCUGGAAGGGUGUACUUCACCACGUGACUGGAGAGCAUGAAUGGGGCUUUGGCAGGUGCUUUCAUGCUCCUUUGGCGGAGAACCCAGACAAAGAGCUCAUUCCACAUGGAUCUGCUGCACAUGUGGCGCUUUCACGGAUUGUUCUGAACCAGCGAUGGCUAAAGGAUAUAGAGAAGUUGCUCACCUUUAGGACCACUGCUGAGCUGGAGUCGUUCCAAAAUCACAUCUUGAUGUACGCCGGGAAACGCUUUGCAUUCUCAUUUGGUGUCUAUGAAGCUAGGACACUCCUCGCUGCAUUAGACUACAACCACCAUAACCAUCGCCCAGUGCAUGUGAACAUCAAAGGCGAAGUAUCACACAAACGAGUCUACAACAAAAAGUCGCAGCGUUACAGUGUUCACACUGUAAAGGAGACCAAAGACUACGGCUACAUCCCAGAGCUGCAGACAAGAAUCCUGGAGAAGCGCCUCAGCUCUGCUGGGGGACUCCCAAAAAGAAGAAGCAUUCAGGCUGAUGACCCCAGGGCCCUGGGUCCUCUCUCCGGGAUCAGCCCUCUUCCUACAGCUGAACUGGUACAGACACAACAAUGCAGAGGACAGGACUUAUGUGAUACCCAAACAGAGGCUGAUGGCAAUCAAAGUUGAACACUACAGAUUUAUUUAUGUAAAUAUGUACAAAAAGUUUGC